AUGCGUCUACUGAUCGUUUUUUUGGUCUUUUUUUGGGAAACUUUCGCUGAAUUGAACUCUUCGAGAGUUCAUCGACAGGCACCAGGAUGGGAAAACUCGAAUCUAAACAACUUUGGUGAACCGGAGCUGUUGGCGAGAGCUCAAACGCUGAUCUCGUUGUGCCGGAGUGGUCGUCAAUUCGUUGGAUUGGGCGCCUGUUCAAGGACUUUUCUCGAAUGUUCCCCGGAAAGAGAUCGCUUUUUGUUUCGAAACUGUCCCGGGGAUCUAAUGGUUUUCUCUGGUGAUCGCUGUCGAUCAACGGAGAAGGUUCCAGAAUGUUUUGACACUCAAAUGAACACAAUGAAUGAGGAAACGAGACAACUUGUUGAGAAAGAUCAAUUCUGUACCCAUGGAGGUGCUGUGUAUUUUGGUCGAUCGGUUCUCUCUCGACAAGCGUUGGUUUGUCAUGAGAAUCUCCGCGAUCUCAUCGUUGCCGGAUGUCCUUUUGGCACUUUCAUCAACACCGAUCUUCAAUGCCAGCCCAUUCAGAAGCAUUUCGGUGACACAAGCAUUGAAUCUUUUGCCCCAAUUCGACAAUUCUUCAUCAAGAGACACUGUGAUCGAGUGCGGAGCCCCUACGUGCACUACGGACAACACCAACAACAAGGCCAAGAUUUCUAUCGACACGACAAUUGCGCUACUUGGUACAUCGAUUGUAAUGGAUAUCCGAGUCUCAUCCAAUGUGGAGCCGGCGAGAUUUUCGAGCCCAAAAGUGGCUAUUGUCGUCGCUGGACGCAUCAAGAUCUUUGUCCGGCUAGAGGGCUUUGUGUUGGGCGUGAAUGGACGAUGUUUCCACUUGUCGAAAAGUGUUCCGCACAAUUCGUCCGAUGCGAGGGACAAGAGGCUCGUUUCUACCAAUGCCCAUCCGGUCUCUUUUUUAAUGGACAUGAAUGUGCCCGAAUGAAUGAUUGUAUGGCUUGUGUGCAAGGCAUGAAACGUGAGGAUUAUGCGCAAUGCAAUAAGUACUCUCAAUGUGUGAGUGGAAAACCGAUGCAAUGGGCGUCGAUGAAAUGCAAAGCACAACGGGGAUACAAUGAUUACAUGCAACGAUGCGAGGAUGGAUAUCAAUGCGCUGCGCAGAGACAAUGUCAACCCGGUGACUUCUAUCAGCUAAAUUGUCACAUGGUUGCCGUUUGUCAAAAAGGAAAUUAUCAAUGGUUCUCUUGCCCGCAAGCGACUCGAUGGGAUGCGCAAGCGAAAGUCUGUGUAUCUGACGCAAAUUGCAAUCGAGGACAAGAGACACAACAAUGCCGCGAGAAUGACAUCAUCGAGACAGCCGAUUGUCAGACGUUUUCAAUGUGCGAGCGCGGGAAUUUCGUCUCCUACUCAUGUCGUGAUCAAAAAGGAAAUUUGCAAACUCCUUGUGCAAGAUGCCAAAAUCCUGAACAACAACGAUCAAACACUCCAAUCCCUGCACAAUGUCAACAAGGGAAAUUUAAAUCAGAUGAAACCAGCUGUGGAUCGUACUUCGUAUGUCAGAAUGGACAAUGGAUUGCGCAGAGAUGCCAAAAUGGCUGGUUCAACUUGAGCGUGGGAAGCUGUGUGCAAGAUGGACGAGUCGAGUGCGGGAAUGGGCAUCAACUCGUUUGUGAGCACAAUUCGUUCCUUGUCCCGAAACCCAACUGCGGUCGUUUUCUCGUUUGCAAGCAUGGUCGAUGGAUUGAAAUGGAGUGUCCAAAGGGAUAUAUUUAUGAUGAAUCCUCUCACAAUUGCAUCGCCGGUGAAUGCGAUCAAAACAACGGCUAUGCUCAAUAUCAACAAACCUCGCAACGAACUAGAGAAACCUACGGGAUUCCUUCGAAUGUUCAACCAAAAGUACAGGAGCUCUCAAAAGUCUACCGACAACCGAUCACUGGGAAUUGGCAGGGACAAGGCUCUUUUGGCCCACCAGCACCGCCUCCAAGCACUGAUCAAACAAAUUAUCUGUGCCAAGGAAACGACAAAAUCGUCGACCCGGUCGAUUGCACCCGUUUUUAUCAGUGUACACAAUAUGGACGUUACACAAUGAUGCAAUGCCCAUCCGGUUCCUACUUCGAUCCAUCAUUCAGAGCUUGUGUGAAGGGUGAGAAUUGUGGAAAAAAGACAAACUGUGACAAUGGUUGGUAUCAUCCAAUGGAACAAUGCGGGAAAUAUCGUAUUUGCUAUAAUGGUGAAUGGGUGGAAGGACGGUGUCCAAACUAUCAACCAUUCAUCAAUGGACAAUGUGAUGCAACAAGGAUUUGCACGAAGAUUGAUGAUCCUUUCCCCCAACGUGAUUGUCAAUUCGGCAGCGUUCGACCACACCCACAAAACUCGCGCAUUUAUUGGGUUUGCGAGUUGGGUGGAUGGGUCGAGAGAAGCUGUCCGGCUAAUUCGAUCUUCAAUUGGAAGUCCUCCCAAUGCGUUUACGAUCAGCCAGCUCCACCUCAACCCCCACAAACAUGGUGCUAUCAGGGACAAACUCGACCAAUUCAAGGACAAUGUGGAGCCUAUGAAAUCUGUUACAAUGGACAAUGGCAAAUGCAGACUUGUGAGUACGGUAGCGGGUUCUCGAAUGGGCGAUGCAUUCGUGGUGUUUGCCAGGAUCAGAUUCAACCGGGAGCCCCGUGUACACAAAUUUCCGGUGCAGCCAAUUAUCGUCUCGAUCCACAGUCGUGUGAUCACUUCUAUCAGUGUGCCCCAGCUGGAUGGACUUUGAUGCCAUGUGCGGCAGGUACCGUCUGGAACCCAGUGAGCACCGUUUGUGAUUGGCCACGAAAUGUGCCCCAGUGCAAUGGACAGGGAUAUUAUGGAGCUCAGCCACCUGGUUCAUCUGCC